CCGCGAGAACAGUAGGCCUAUAACGGUUACAGUGACGUGUUAAAGAUAUUAAUUAAACACACGGUAUUCAAUAUCGCUGUUUAUAUCUGUAAGGUUAUGGGCAGGGCUCCGUUCUGAAGGGGUGCUGAACAGUACGGCUUGUCAUUGCAACGGAAAUAAUGAUGAAGAAGGAUAUUAACUUGAGCCUGGCGGACGACGCGGACCUCAAACCGCAUCUCCGCGAUGCCGAAAGCAUCCUCAGCUCCCCUGACUUAGGGCUGCUCAAACUGGCCUCCCCGGAGUUAGAGAGGCUAAUCAUCCAGUCCAACGGAAUGGUCACCACGACGCCGACCAGCUCCCAGUUCCUCUAUCCGAAGACGGUAACGGACGAGCAGGAGUUCGCCGAGGGUUUUGUGAAGGCGUUGGAGGACCUACACAAGCAGAACCAGCUGAGCGGAGCCGGCCAGCCUAACAGCAGCCUGGAUCUGGGCGCUAACAUCGCCCCCGUCACCAUCCAGCCGGAUCUACCGGUGUAUACAAACUUGAACAGUUACGGCAGCGGGCCAUUGGAAACCACCGUCAACUACUCCACAGACACAGUCCCUUUCCCGCCUCCUCCGUCGCAUCAUCUGGGGACAGCCCCGCCGCAGCCGGAGCUCUCUCGGGUCCAGCCGCUGAAGGAGGAGCCUCAGACGGUGCCCGACGUUCAGAGCUUCGGGGACAGCCCGCCGCUGUCUCCCAUCGACAUUGACUCACAGGAGCGCAUGAAAGCCGAGAGGAAGAGGCUCAGGAACCGGAUCGCUGCCUCCAAGUGUCGGAUGCGCAAACUGGAGAGGAUCUCCAGGCUGGAGGACAAGGUCAAAACGCUGAAAAGCCAUAACACCGACCUGGCUUCAACGGCUAGCCUGCUAAGGGAUCAAGUGGCCCAGCUGAAACAGAAAGUCCUCACCCAUGUCAACAGCGGCUGCCAGCUGCUGCCACACGAGGUUCAAGUGCACUAGUCGGAGGGACUGACCUGCAGCUGGGCUACCGACCAGCAUAUAUAAGCUUCACGGACUUUGUUAAUGUUGGUUUUUCUGUAAGUAACGUAGCCCGUAUUGUUUUUUUUGCCGGGGGAAUGAGUGCCAGGCCACGCAGGCCAAACUGUACAUUGAUAAUCGGUUUUUGAAAUGGCUUUGAGCAAUGGCAAAAUAUUAACAUACCUUGUGGAACACAAUUUAAGACAGUGGGUGAUGAACUCUUGUGCUGUCUUCUGCCACUAACAUGGACAAGUUUUAUUCAUUAAAAAAAAAAAAAAACAGCAGUAAAAGCAAUUUCCAGGACCAUUGCUCCACGGUCACCUCCGCCCGGCGAAGAGCACGUAUCAGUAAUAUUUAUUGGAUUUUUAAAAUAAAUAAUCGCCAAUUGGUUUAUUGAAUUUAUGCCGGAAUGAAGAGCGUUUGCCUUUAAAACUGCAGUUUUUUAAAUGUGAUUUCCUGACGAGAGAACAGGGUACUUUGUGGCUAUAAGAGACUUUAAUGACGAAGGCACAUGUCUAGAUUUUUUCUUUCCCGUAAAAAUGUUUACAGACUGGCUGUGGCUAUAUACAGUCUCAAACCUGGACCAAACGGAUUUUCAAUAUUUCUACAGUAAUAUGCACAUUUAUGACACAGAUCAAUACAUGAAGAAUUGGUUGUAAAAAGAUGCAUACACCUACAUUUGACAUGAAACAGAUAAUCUGCAUAUAUGCACUGUUUACCAUACAUUUCUGUAGGGAACAAUUUGCAUGCUGUUGACAUACUCGAAUGUUGCCCAUAGUUGGGUGUCAAAGGGUGCAAUUAAUCAGUGUUUAUUAUUUUUAAACUUUACAAACACAUGUAUUUAUCUAUUUUUUACUCCACUGUGUCCCUGUUUCGGUGUGUUCUUGUUUUAAUGUGAAGAGUGGUAACCUUUUUGUUGCACUGACUGUUGCUGUCACCUCUAGCCUACAGUUAUUUGGCUGUAUGCCGCUGUGUUAUGAAUUAAAUGCUGCUGGCAAUAAACACUGUU